GCAUGUCGGAGUUUGAGUGUUGUAUCAUUUCUCGUCUUAUCGUAUUUCUGCCACCCGCAUUCAUUGUUCUGUUCUUUAUUGUGUUCUGUUGAAUAAGCAAAGUUAGCAGGAGGAGAGGAUUGGUCUUGAAAAUUUAUUUCCAUGAUACCAAAAUAUUGAUCGAAAUAAUAGUGAAUGAGCAAGCGGAUAGUGCGCAGCUGAAAUGCCUAACCGAAGCGCACAGGAGGAAUAUCCAACUUGGAUUGGGUUCGUGUUCGUCUUCAAUCUCAUUGUUGGAACGGGAGCGCUGACACUUCCGUCGGCCUUCAGUCACGCGGGAUGGCUACUGGGAACAAUCGUGAUUGUGGUGCUUGCUUUUGUAAGCUAUGUAACGGUAACAUUCGUAAUCGAAACGAUGGCCUGUGCCAAUGCAAUACUGAACUGGAGGCGACUGCAUUUUAUCAAGCGUGAUCGCGUUAUCGAACAGGACGAGGAUAGCAACGUGGAGACAAUAAGGGAACCAUUGUUAGUGCGAGAAUCCAGCACGCUAGACGAUCAGCUGACGGAGGCCGGUAUCGAACAAACCCCACUCAAUAUCAUGUACUGCCGGAACCAGUAUUACAGUUUGUCCACAAAAAUCGAAAUGGGAGAAAUGGCGAAUCUAUUUUUCGGUCGCAUUGGCAACUAUUUGUUCUACUUCUGCCUGGCAGUGUAUCUGUAUGGGGAUUUGAGCAUCUACUCGGCCGCAGUCGCAAAAAGUUUGCGGGACGUUAUUUGUGCACACAAUCACUCGGCAAACGCGACUGACAGUGACGAUAUUACCAACCGCUGCUGGGAAAACAGCGUGCUCUCUCGAUUCGACGUCUACCGUCUGUGUUUGGUUGUUUUUCUUGGGAUUUUGGGACCGUUUGUUUUCUUCAACGUGCAGAAAACCAAAUACCUACAGCUGGUGACGGUUUUGUUUCGUUGGUUGGCUUUUUCGGUUAUGAUCAGCAUAGCAAUUCAUCGGUUAUUCGCAGAGCAACCGGAUCCGCCAAUUGUUCCUAAGCGUGCUGACAUCAACGGGAUUCCGUAUCUAUUUGGCACGUGUAUUUAUUCAUUUAUGUGUCAUCACUCGCUGCCAAGUCUACUGACACCGAUCGAGAACAAAAGAAGAGUCAAGUCUCUGAUUUCCUUAGACUAUUUGUUGAUAUGCGCGUUCUACUUGUCUUUAGCUCUGACUGGGAUAUUUGCUUUUAAUGAAAUUAAAGACUUGUACACGUUGAACUUUGUCCCGAACUCCAAUCAGGACAGCGGCUUCCUGAAGGCAAUCGAAUAUUUCCUAGCCCUGUUUCCGGUGUUCACCCUUUCGACGAGCUUCCCGAUUAUCGCUAUAACACUGCGUAGUAAUCUGCAGACACUGUUCCUCGAUACGACUCAGUUGGAUUCGUAUAAUUUCUUCCUGCGUCGAGUGUUUUUCCCACUGCUAGCGAUUCUGCCGUCGAUCACGGUGUGUUUCUUUACCGAGAGCGUUAUUUCGCUGGUUGGAUUCACCGGAUGCUACGCUGGUACGGGCAUACAGUAUUUGAUUCCGGUCUUCCUAGUGCUCUACGCUAGGCGGACAUGCGAGAGCAUAAUCGGUCGUGGAAUUAUCAACGAUUUCCACAGUCCGUUCAGGGGAAACCUGUGGUUAGUACUGAUAUUGAGCUGGGCCAGUGCCUGUCUGGUUCUCGUGACAAUCGAUCUCAUGAAAUAGAUGCAAACGCACACAAUAGUAUGGUACUUUACAGUGAGGAAAUCAACCUACAACACGUACGAGACUGAACAUUGGAGGAACCGAUUGUUAAAUUUUAUUUCUCCAAACAUUAAUUUUAGAAUCCGGAAGAAAACGCGCAAGUGGAUUGUCACUGACGGGUAAUCCGUUUUAGUUGAAGUGGUGACAAUCAAAUCUCGUGUUUUUUCCUUCUCGAUGUCCACCAGAAAAGUUCGACUGUUCUUCCCACAAUACUGCAGCCUCCCGAGAAAAAGAAAUUGAAGAGUAAAAUAGUGCGGCAGUUUCGAAUGACUAUCAAUCGACUAACAGAAAGAGAACUAUUUUAAAACUAUUUACUACGAGUAGACAAACCUUAAAUGUUAUCGAAUAGCAACCGUAGAAAUGAGUGUCGUUUCCUAUCGGCUUGUUUCAGCGACGCAUACAAAUGUGUAUAUACUAGAAAUAAAACUACUAAUCUGAAA